AUAACCGUAUGUCUCGUGUCAUCAUUGCGUGUACUCAUGGCGAUCGGUUGCAGGGGCUCCAAGGAGGUUCUCCUGAACCCACUGACCAUAUCACGCAAUGAGAACGAACGCGUCUUGAUCGAGCCAUCCGUGAACUCAAUACGCAUGAGUAUUAAGAUUAAGCAAGCCGAUGAAAUCGAGCGUAUUCUGUGUCACAAGUUCACGCGAUUCUUAAUGCAGAGAGCGGAGAGUUUUGUCGUGCUGCGGAGGAAGCCCGUCCUCGGAUAUGAUAUAUCAUUCCUUAUUACGAACGUCCAUUCAGAGACCAUGUUGAAACACAAGGUCGUCGAUUUCAUCAUACAGUGCGUGGCAACCGAAUGUUUUUACAUCGUUCCCUCAUCCGCGGUGACUAGAUUUAUGGAGGAAGUAGACAGGGAAAUUAGCGAGAUGAAACUCAGCCUCAAUGCGCGCGCACGUACAGUAGCCGAAUCGUAUCUUACCGCUUUUAACUCCUGAAAUGUUAUUCUCUCUGUUACCCCAUUUCGCCAUGCGCGAUAGAGAUAUUUUCCCGCUGUGUUGUGUGGCCUGUAUUCUCGUAUGAAGGGCGCCCAUACUAAACGUGUAAUUUUGCACAGUGUUUUACCUUAUACUGGUGAACAUCCAAAUAACCAACGAGCUGGUAUAGUCAUGUCGACCGACAGAUUUUGUGAUUUCGCAUGAAAGAAAUGGUUUAUUGCACUUCACCUUGCGAGCAGCAAGGCUUCGUCACAGAUUAA